UUAAAAUAGUAAAGAAUUCAUCAUAAGAAAAGGGCGAUGGCGAUUAGGUUAUCGUGUUGAAUGGUUCCCGGUGGUGGGUUUCGAGAUGUGUCUUGGUGGCUUCUUAUUAGGUUUAUGGAUCCUUGGGCUGGGGGUCUGCGAUUUCUAUUGCCUUUAGCGGUGGUAGAAUGGAAUUGGGCGGAUCAGGAUUCUGGGAUUUGGGGAGUGAAGGAUCUCGCUUUUCAGAGAUUUGGAUCGGGGGUUUGUCUGUUAUUACAGAUUGUGAAAGAUCCGAUUUGCUUGGCUAUUGCUCUGGUCUCUAUGGGAUUUGCUCGUGACUUUGAUGGGCGAUUUGGGGUUGAAUAUGGAAAGAGUGGCAUUUGGUCCCAGAAUUUCUCGGGGUUAUCAUGGCUCAACUGAAUCUCAACAAAGGAAAGCCUGCCUUGGUUCGAACAGAGACGGUGAAAAUCUCAGAUUCUGUGAUGGCGCAACGUAUCCAGCAGUUUUCUCUCACUCUCACUGGGAGAUUGAUGAAUCCUGCGGUCCAACGAAUGGAAUCCUUGGUGGCUAAUUUGCCAAAGAUUUGGAAGCUUGAGGAGAGGGUUGAAGGUGCUGAUUUGGGUCGGGAUACUUUUCAGUUUAAUUUUGAGACAGAGGAAGAUCUUCAAGGUGUAUUAAGGAAUGGUCCUUACCACUUUGAUAAUUGGAUGUUAUCUAUGGUUCGAUGGGAACCUAUCAUUUCAGAUACUUAUCCCUCUGCCAUUAACUUCUGGGCUAAAGUUUCAGGGAUCCCUAUGCAUUUCUGGGAGGUUGCAACCCUUCAAGCAAUUGGUAAGAAGAUAGGGAUUCUUCGUGAUGUAGAUGAGGAAAUUGGUAGUCUGUUUGUGACUAUCAAUGGUUUUAAUCCUCUCAUCUUCCACCUGCUCGUCCCGUUUAAUACUGGUGAUGAGGUGGUAGCCUCGCUAGAGUAUGAGAAGUUGCUCGGUUAUUGCAGUCAUUGCUUUAGGCUAACACAUGAUGUGAAGGUAUGUCCAGAGUUAAGUAAGAGUGAAGGGGGGUCGUGGUCAGGGGGACAUCGCUGAUAGGAGGGGAGGUUCUUGGAAUCAGCCAUUGUUAAAACCGAAUGCUCAACAUUUUGAGGAUGGUUGGGAAAAGCCAAGGAAAUUUGCUAAGCGUUCUCUUGAUUUUAAUUCAGAGUCAUAUCGAGAUAGAGAUCAACAGUAGUUGCGUAUUGGUGAGAGUUCAAAGAAUGGUUUUAGAUAUCAGGCUAAGAAUCAGGGAGAUUUGGGCCAGCAGAGGAGUUAUGUGAGAUAUGCAGAGGCUAGAGAGGGUGCUGGUACUUUCAUGGUUCAUCAGUCCCGAUCCCAUCCUCCUAGAAAGGGUAUGGUCCUGCUUGGCCAAAACCCCUGUAUCAGGCUAAGCAGAAGCUUGGUUCGCAGGUUAAUGUUGAUCAUGAGUCAUGCAUCCCUACAGCUGAUUAUUUGGUGGACCGGGAGAAGGAUUCACUAAUGGAAAAUGUUAAUGGGAUGAGCGGUGGAGUCAACGAGGCUGGGUUUACGGUGAGUUCUGAUGACCUUCUAGAAGAUGGGGAAUACCAGGAGGGUGAGGCUUCAGGUCAGGUUGAGGUUACUGGUGCUGAUUGUUGAUCUUUGAUUGAAAAACAGAGUAUGAUAGAUAGAGUUAAGAACAUAACAGAGAAUGAUAACGGUUCUCUCUUCUACUCAACACACAACUUUAUUAAUAUUAUGAAAUCUGAAUGUAGUUUACAAACAAUGACAAUGUCUUUAUAUAGACUGAGAAAAGACACAAACUAAGAGUUGUAACUCUUCACACAUGUAAAAGACACGUCGUUUAAUGUAUGAAAUAGAUUAAACUUAAACA